AUGUCUGAGCACAGCGUUGAAGGUAGCACCGCAAGCAAGGAAGAAAUUGCUUACGUCGGCGAAGAGGACAUAACAAGAGACCACGUAACGCGAAUGCUUACAAGAAGAUCCAGCACGCAGGAUGGUAUAGAAACCGAGGACGUUGACCCAGAUGUAAUCUCGAGGAUCGAAACUUUGACUCGAACGCUCUCGAGCCAUAGAGCAAGAGAUGGCCCGCUGAAAAUCGACCCGGACAAUUUUGACGCAGAGGCCAUCUUGAAAACAUUUGUGAGGGACUCCACCGAACAGGGUAUCCAUUUGCGUAAAGCAGGUGUUGUGGCAGAAAAUGUACAAGUAAUAGGUGUGGAUUGCUCCUCUGCGGUGGCCCCAACUUUUGAAGACAUAGUGCUUUUACCAAGGACAAUAUUUCAGGGCAUUCGUGCUGCAAAGAACAGAAAACACAGGAACAUAAUUGAAGAUGUCAGUUUACUUGCAAAGCCGGGUGAAAUGUUACUGGUAUUGGGAAGACCUGGAGCAGGUUGUUCCACACUUUUAAAAACGGUUGCAGGAGAAACAUCAGGGUUCUUUGAAGUCAACGGUGAAAUAUCUUACGAUGGUAUUUCACAGAAAGAGAUGAUGAAGCGUUACAAGACAGACGUAAUAUACAAUGGUGAGAUGGAUGUGCAUUUUCCACAUUUGACUGUUCAACAGACUCUGGACUUUGCUCUUUCAUGCAAAAUUCCUAAGGUGAGAGUGAACAAUGCUUCUAGAAAGCAAUACAUUCGGGCAAUGAGAGAACUAUAUGCUACUAUUUUCGGUCUAAGACACACUUAUAAUAGUAAAGUUGGUAACGACUACGUUAGAGGUGUUUCUGGUGGUGAGCGUAAACGUGUUUCCAUUGCUGAGGCUUUAGCAGCUCGCGGGUCCAUCUACUGUUGGGAUAAUGCCACAAGGGGUUUAGACGCGUCUACUGCCCUGGAAUAUGCUCAAGCUAUACGUGUAAUGACUAAUCUGCUUGGAUCGGUUGCACUUGUUACAAUUUAUCAAGCCAGUGAGAAUAUUUACGAAACUUUUGAUAAAGUAACAGUGAUUCAUGAAGGUAGACAAAUAUACUUUGGGGAUAUCAGGAAUGCCAAAGAUUACUUCAAAAAGCUUGGUUACUUGUGUCCUGCAAGACAAUCGACCGCUGAAUUUUUGACGGCCGUGACAGAUCCUAAGGGUCUUCAUGAGUUUGUGCCUGGAUAUGAGCAUAAAGUCCCCAGAACGGCCAUUGAAUUCGAGAAAUUAUGGAAGGAAUCUCCAGAAUAUGCUGAACUGCUGAAGGACAUUGAUCAAUACAAGAAAAAAACUGUCGCAGAGAAAACAAAGGAACUAUAUGAUGCUUCGCUUUCUCAGGAGAAAUCAAAGUACUCGCGUUCAAACUCGUAUUUUACAAUUUCUUUUCCAGAGCAGGUUCGACUUUGUACAAAGCGUGGAUUCCAACGGAUUUAUGGUGACAAGGCCUACACGGUGACUAAUACAGUGGCUGGUAUCAUUCAGGCAUUGGUUGCUGGUUCGCUUUACUGGAAUACACCAUCAUCAACUGAAGGUGCGUUUUCUCGUGGUGGUGUAUUAUAUUUUGCUAUUUUGUACACAUCUUUGAUGGGAUUGGCAAAUAUCAAUCUUGAUAGCAGGCCAAUUGUGCAAAAGCACAAGACGUACUCAUUGUAUCAUCCCGCCGCCGAGGCAUUAGCGAGCUCCCUAUCAGCCUUUCCUUUCAGGGUGAUUAGUGUGACAUGUUUCUUCAUUAUUCUUUACUUUUUAUCGAAUUUGACUAGGGAUGCAGGAAAGUUCUUCACUUCUUAUCUCUUUUUGAUUCUUGUAUCUGAAACAAUUAAUGCCCUAUUCGAAAUGAUCACCGCUGUAUGUGAAACUAUUUCACAAGCCAACGCUUUGGCAGGUGUUAUCAUGAUGGCUUUGGUAAUGUACUCCACUUAUAUGAUUCAACUUCGUUCUAUGCAUCCUUGGUUCAAAUGGAUGUCUUACUGUCUGCCCAUUCAAUACACGUUCGAGAGUAUGCUGAAUUCAGAGUUUCAUGGGAGAGAAAUGGCAUGUGGAGGGUAUUUGGUUCCCACAGGGCCUUCUUACCAAAAUGUUUCAACAGCAAAUCAAGUAUGUGCUUUCACUGGCUCAGAACCAGGAUCAACCACGGUACUGGGUGACAAUUAUUUACAUGUUCAAUUUGGCUACAGAUAUUCACAUACCUGGAGAAAUCUUGGGUUCCUUUUCGCUUUUCUCGCAUUUUAUUUGGCUGUGAAAAGUCUUGCCACCGAAAUAAGGAGACCUAUGAAUGGUGGUGGUGACACUUUGAUUUUCAAGAAAGGAGCUAAGACGACGAACAACUAUACUGACGAGGAGAAUAGUGGUAGCUCUUCUGUAACCAUGUCUGAGGGAAAGAAGAACCUAGAAUUAUCAUCGCAAUCCGAUGCAUGCAACAAUAAUGUUUUCGGAGAGUUUAGAAGUGAGGGUGUUUUUAUGUGGAGAAAUGUGUGCUACACCAUUCCGUAUAAGGGAGGACAGCGCCAGUUACUUGACAAUGUCACUGGUUACUGUAAGCCAGGCUCAUUGACUGCUUUGAUGGGUGAAUCGGGCGCUGGUAAGACUACUUUAUUGAACACGUUAGCACAAAGAAACGUAGGAAUUAUCACUGGGGACAUGCUUGUUAACGGUAAUCCCAUUGAUGCAAGUUUCGAGAGGCGCACAGGAUAUGUUCAACAACAGGAUAUUCAUGUUAAGGAAAUGACUGUAAGAGAAUCUCUUCAGUUUUCUGCGAGAAUGCGCCGGCCUCAAUCUGUUCCCGAACAAGAAAAAUUAGAAUACUGUGAAAAGAUCAUUGAACUUUUGAAUAUGGAAGAAUACGCGGAUGCACUUGUUGGUGAAGCUGGAUAUGGCCUUAAUGUUGAGCAAAGGAAGAAGGUGUCGAUUGGUGUGGAAUUAGCUGCCAAACCUAGCUUACUUCUGUUCCUUGACGAACCCACUUCAGGUCUUGACUCUCAAUCGGCUUGGGCUAUUGUUCAACUUCUUAGGAAGCUGGCUGAGAGUGGGCAGUCAAUUCUAUGUACCAUCCACCAGCCUUCUGCAACUUUAUUUGAACAAUUUGACAGGUUAUUACUUUUGAAGAAAGGAGGCCAAACUGUUUUCUUCGGCCCAAUUGGUGAAAGAUCUAAAUCCCUGUUAAGCUACUUUGAGCGCAAUGGCGCCAGAAAAUGUGAGGACGAAGAAAAUCCUGCAGAGUAUAUUUUAGAAGCUAUUGGUGCUGGUGCAACCGCUUCAGUCAAAGAGGAUUGGCACCAGAUUUGGAAGACAUCCCCUGAGGCUCAUGCAGCAGACGCCGAAGUUCAGGCUCUUAUUGCGGAUCUAUCCAAGGAAGAAGUGAAAAAAAAUGAUGAAGCGUCUGCAGAGUCCACACAGAAGUAUGCCACCUCAUACUUUUACCAAUUCAGAUACGUGUGGGCUAGAACUGCUACUAUAUUUUGGAGAGAUGUUAACUAUUUAAUGUCGAAAAUGAUGUUGUACACUAUUGGUGGUCUGUUCAUAGGUUUCACCUUCUUUAAUGUCGGAACAAGUUUCACAGGGUUACAGAACGCAAUGUUUGCUGCCUUCAUGUCCCUAAUUCUAUCCGCUCCGGCCAUGAACCAAAUCCAAGCUCGUGCGAUUGCAUCUCGUGAACUUUAUGAAGUUAGAGAGUCUAAAUCUAAUAUGUUUCACUGGGCGUUCUUAUUGAUUACCCAGUUUUUGAGUGAACUUCCUUACCAUUUGGUUUUUUCGACAGUUUUUUUCGUGUCGUUUUAUUUCCCUCUACGGUCAAAUUUCGAAGCUUCAAGAUCGGGUGUUUUCUUCCUGAACUACUGUAUCAUGUUCCAGCUGUAUCUUGUUGGCUUGGGUUUAGCAGUACUUUACAUGGCACCAAAUCUUCCUUCUGCAAAUGUCAUGUUGAGUUUGUGCCUCUCAUUCUUAAUUUCUUUCUGUGGUGUCGUUCAGCCUUCUAGUUUGAUGCCCGGGUUUUGGACUUUCAUGUGGAAAUUAUCGCCUUAUACCUACUUCGUUCAAAAUCUUGUGGGUCUUAUGCUUCACGACAAGCCCGUGAUUUGCCGUGCUAAUGAGCUUUCAUACUUGGACCCUCCUGAAGGGCAAACAUGUGGAACCUACCUAGCGUCCUACUUGGAAACAGCGACAGGCUACGUUUCGAAUCCAGAUGCCACCUCCAAUUGUGGAUACUGUGUUUACAGAGUAGGAGAUGAGUACCUAACCAAAAUAGGAGCGAAGUUCAGCUAUAUAUGGAGAAAUUUCGGGUUCUUCUGGGCUUACAUUGGCUUUAACAUCUGUGCAAUGGUGUUGAUGUACUAUGUUGUCCAUGUGAGCAAUUUUUCUAUCAAAGACCUCAAACCUGUCAAAGCCAUCAUGAAUAGAGUCAAGAAAGAAUGA